AGCCUGCAGGUGUAGACAGCAGAGCACACACACACACACACACACACACACACACUGCACGGCCGAGCACCACCCUGCUAUCAUCCUGCACAGAGGACACAUCUCGGAAGCAUCGCAGGAGACCGAGAGGAAGAUGAAUUGGGGUUUCCUGGAGAACGUCCUCAGCGGGGUCAACAAAUACUCGACUGUGAUUGGUCGGAUCUGGCUCUCCGUGGUCUUCCUCUUCAGGAUCCUGGUGUACGUGGCGGCGGCUGAGCAGGUGUGGAAGGAUGAGCAGAAGGAUUUUUUGUGCAACACCCGUCAGCCCGGCUGUGAGAACGCCUGCUUCGACCGCUUCUUCCCCAUCUCUCAGAUUCGUCUGUGGGCCCUGCAGCUCAUCCUGGUGUCCACGCCGUCCCUGCUGGUGGCGCUGCACGUGGCCUACAGAGAGCAUCGGGAGGCCAAACACAAAAAGAAGCUGUACAAAGACAAAGUUAGCAUGGAUGGAGGUUUGUUCUGCACCUACAUCCUCAGCCUGGUCUUUAAGACGACCUUCGAGGUGGGAUCUCUGCUCGUCUUCUACUUCCUGUACAACGGCUUUGAGGUUCCCAUCAUGCUCCAGUGCAGCGAGAGUCCCUGCCCCAACACGGUGGACUGCUUCAUCGGCAAAGCCACAGAGAAGAAGAUCUUCCUCUACAUCAUGGGCUGCACCUCCAUCCUGUGCAUCUUCCUGAACUUUGUGGAGCUCAUGUACAUUGUGUGGAAGCGGGCGUGGAAAUGUUUCACCAGGAAAUACAUCCCCGUGGAGGAGAAGGCGUCACUUUACAGCCGGCCACCUGUUUCCAUUGUCAACAAGGAUGGCAUCACACAGCCGACACACACAGCUGAGAACCAGACAGUCCAGUCCUGAAGAGCUCAAGUUUCCACCUCAGAGUGAAAGCACAGAGAGCUUUGAUUAUCUAAAAAUACAACAUGGACGAUGCUCAAAAGUCUAUUCAGAGCCUGUGCUUAAAAAAACAUCCACUGUACUAAGGUGAGACAACCUAUGGUACCUUUUUUAUGUUUUUAUUUUACAGUAAGCAGCUUCAGUUGACAGCAUUUUUUGACGUCUCUAACUCUUUAUAUUAAAUAAACAUCUUUAUUUCCUGUGA